CAUUAACAAUAAUCACUUCAUACACAAAACCAUUUCAAGAUGUCAAAGCAUUCAUUAAGAACUGCUAUAUUCACAAUAAUACUCAUUGGAGCUCUUCAUCUAGAGAUGUCAAGCGUAUCUGCAAUAGACCCGACACCAGAAGCAGGAGUACAUGUUUUUGAGCUUUAUAUGCAUGAUAUACUUGGUGGAAGUAACCCAACAGCUAGGCCUGUGACUGGGCUACUAGGCAAUAUUUAUAGUGGUCAAGUACCAUUCGCUAGACGCAUAGGUUUCCGGGCUCCAUCAGGUGGGGUCGCGAUUCCUAAUGCUAAUGGGGCCAUCCCAACCGUAAAUGCCAAUGGUGUACCGCUUGGUACGGGUUUAGUAGGUACACAAUUUGCUGGAAAUUUUAACCUAAACAACAAUGCUCAAAACCAAAUUGCGGCUCAGCUUGGCCCUGAUGGGCUUGGGCUCGGGUUUGGAACUAUUACAGUGAUUGAUGACUUAUUAACAGCUGAUGCCAAGUUGGGUUCACAGACACUAGGGAAAGCACAAGGGGUGUAUGUUGCCAGCUCGGCAGACGGAAGUAGACAGAUGAUGACAUUUACAGCCAUGAUGGAAGGAGGGGAAUAUGGCGACAGUAUUAACUUUUUUGGGGUGUAUAAGAUUGGAAGCCCGAUGUCCCGCUUGUCCAUAACAGGUGGGACAGGGAAGUUUUUGCAUGCUUGUGGGUUUGCUGAGAUUCGGUCACUCAUACCAGCUGGUCAAAUUGUUGCUGAUGGAGUCGAGUCUUUGCUGAGGUUGACCGUCCACCUUACAUACUAA